AUGCAAGUGCCGGUUCUCGGCUGCACUUUCCUCACGCUGUCAGAUCGUGAGGAAAGUACUGCCGAGAACCGGCAGUUGUCAGAGCGGGGAUCGGCACCGAUCAUCAGGGCACUGAUGAUCAGUGCCCUGAUGAUCGGUGCCCUGCAGUGCCACCCACCUGUGCCCACCCACCAGUGCUGCCCACCAGUGCCACCCACCAGUGCUGCCAGUCAGUGCCACCAGUCAGUGCCCAGGGGUUGUGCCAGUCAGUGCCGCCAGUCAGUGCCCAGCAGUGUUGCCAGUCAGUGCCGUCUAUCAGUACCCAUAAUCAGU